UCGAAUAGCAUUGUAAAAUCCCAACACAACACACACGCCAAAUUCCCCAAACUCUUGGGCUUUCUCAUGAAAACACAAUCGAAGCGUUAUGAUCGUGUGCCUUCGGUAAUAUUCGUGGGGAAUUCCGUAGUGGGGAGAGCCACGGUUAUAAAAGUAGCUCGUAUUCAUUGAGGAGCCACAUUGUGAAAUCAACAGUAAAAGUAAAGCUAAUAAGAGACAUAGUGCAAAGAAUUUCAUCUCAAUUGCAUAAGUUUGUGUAAACAUUAGUGACACGGUGACUUUGCGAAUAUUCAAAUAUUUCUGGGAUUUAUCAGUGACCGCAAAAGUCUAACUAACACCUUCUGCAGAGAAUUGAUUCAAUUGGACAAGGUGAAAGUCAAUAAACUGGCACCACAUUCGGAAUAUAUUUCCCUGAAUUUGAAUCAAAAAUCGAAAGGCGUAACUAUGGUACUGGACGAGAAAAUUGUGGAAGUUGAAAAAAUGGGACGACAGAUAACAAAUCUUGGACGAACAGUCCGUAAUGUCUUACUGAAAGCACAGAAUGAUAAGAGAACUAUUGUGGGUGUUGCGGGAGCAGUUAAGACACUCUCAUCAGCACCUGAGGAUGCUCUCUUUUGUAUCUUGGCACCACCAUCAAUUGGUGAUAGCGCUACGCACAUGCAGGAAGUUCUUCUUCAGGCGUUUUGCUUCGAGAAUGAUAUUUACAUCAUAAAGGUGGACAGCAGUGAGAAGCUGAGUCGCAUUCUCGGAUCAAGUACACUGGAGUCGUGUGCAUUAGUGCAAAAGGCAUGGACCACAGAUCAAGCUGAGGAACUCCUGACAACAGCAGAGGAGAAUUUAGUGGAUCACUGCGAAGCUUUCUGGGAUGCACCAAAUCAACCAGUUGUGCGACUCCCUGAACUGUGAAUAUCAUCUCAAAUUUGGGAUGGAAUCCCUGAUGGUGAAAAAAAAACAGAAAUUUGGCAUGGAUUAAGGGUUAUAUAUUAUCCAAUCGAUCCCUUUUCAUCCUUGAUCAUCAAGAGGACUUCGCGUGGAAAAUGUUCAAUAUUUUGGCCGUUUCUUUCAAUCUUCAUAGCCUUACCAUGGAUGACUUUGUUGUCCAACACGGAAUUGGAGAAAAGAAAAAGGAAUCUAACCAAACGGUGUUACACCAAAAAAGAAAUAUUUUCCUCGAUAACAAAAAAAUAAAACUAUUGUGAGAAUAACUAUACAAAAUUAUAGUAUUAUAGUGAAUAUCUCAAAAAUUUAUUAAUGAGGCGCUUUAUAUUUAAGUCAUUACUUAAUUUUGAAAUGUUGUUAAAAGCUAAAUCAGCUAGAUAUAGAAUUGAGUUUGAGCAUAGCAAAGUGCCUCAGGACAAAAAAAUUGUAACUACAAUUGGUUUUAAAGCCACCAAAGAGAAAACUAUGGAAUAAAUACUUUUAGAACAAUAA